AUGGGGGCCGGUUGGGGGUGUACACAGCAACGGCUGGAAACACCAGUAGAAGCAAAGCCACCUGAGACAGCACCACCAUUGAAAGAAGAGAGCACCAAUUCUCCGGAGGAUUGGGUUGAUAAGAAAUCCAACAACAACUGCUUCUUCUUGUAUGCAAAAAAUCUGAAAAUCACUUGGGCUGAUUCGGCUGGAGACAAUGGUUAUUGGCGCUGGUCAAAGAUUGAAGAAACAAGUAAUACAAUGGUUGAUGCUGCUGAACUAUUACAUGUUUGUUGGCUAGAAGUGCAUGGAAAAUUUGAGACACGACAGCUAUCACCAGGAACUACAUAUGAAGUAGCAUUUGUGAUAAUGUUGAAAGAUCCAGCUUGUGGAUGGGAAGUUCCGGUGAAUGUGAGACUUGUUCUACCGGAUGGAAACAAACAAGAACGAAAAGAAAAUUUGAUGAAAAGACCAAGAGGGGAAUGGAUAGAGAUCCCGGUAGGUGAGUUUGUAGUAGAAGAGGCCGGAUACAUAGAAUUUUCAAUGUAUGAAUAUGAAGGUGGCAAAUGGAAGGGAGGGCUUGUCAUCAAAGGUGUUGCAAUUCGCCCCAAGAAUUAGGUUCUACAAUAACCGACAACAUAAUUCAACCACUGUCGACUUUUCCAUAUAAAUGGAGUUUAUGAUCAUCGGAGCACGCAGAUUCAAUCUUUUUUGUUUUGUUUUAAGGUAGAUAUGGCUUCUUUGUCCGGGCGAAAUCAUAGUAACAUUAACCCACUUGAACCUCAACAGGGACUCAGAUGGUCAGCAAACCGAGGUGAGCCAUAGUGUGACCAACCCUACUAGGGUAUUACUGGGACUCAAGGCGAUUUAUACUAUCAAUUAGAUAUGAGGAUUCUCAUUGCAGGAGAAAAUUUAAUAUUAGUCAUUUAUUGACUAGAAAUUUGUUACUGCUAUAA